ACCGUCUUCCACGACGACGACGACGACAAAGCACAUAAAUGGCUUCCUCAUCAACACCAGUAGCCCACAACGCUCUCCCUCCACCAUCCACGACAUCAGCUGCGCGCUCGUCGCGCAUUGCUCCACAUUCUCACAUCAAAGGUCUUGGUUUGACUCCUGAAGGCUUCGCGAGCUCGGAUGGUGCUGGAUUUGUUGGCCAAACCAAUGCCAGAGAGGCUUGUGGUGUGGUCGUCGACCUCAUCAAAUCUCGAAAAUUCUCGGGACGCGCCUUGCUUCUGGUUGGCGCGCCCGGGACAGGAAAAACGGCACUAGCUUUGGCUGUAUCACAUGAACUGGGCGCAAAGGUACCAUUUUGUCCGAUGGUGGGAUCUGAGGUGUACAGUACAGAGGUGAAGAAGACAGAGGUACUAGCUGAGGCGUUCAGGAGAGCUAUAGGUCUUCGGAUAAAAGAGACAAAGGAGGUCUACGAAGGAGAGGUCACGGAGUUGACCCCAGCCGAGGCAGAGAACCCUCUGAGCGGGUACGGAAAGACGGUCUCGCACGUCAUAGUCGGCCUCAAAACCGUGAAAGGGACAAAACAACUCCGACUAGACCCAAGCAUCUACGAGGCUAUCCUCAAAGAAAAAAUCGUCGUUGGCGACGUCGUCUACGUCGAAGCCAACACCGGUGCUGUCAAGCGUGUAGGUCGCUCGGACGCGUAUGCAUCGUCGUACGACCUCGAGUCCGAGACGUACGUCCCGCUCCCGAAAGGCGAUGUGCAUAAGAAGAAGGAGCUGGUGCAGGACGUGACGCUGGGCGACCUUGACGCAGCAAAUGCGCGGCCACAGGGUGGGCAGGACAUUAUGAGCGUGAUGGGCAGCUUGGUGAAGAGCGGAAGGACAGAGGUGACAGACAAGCUUCGGAGAGAGGUGAAUAAGGUAGUGAAGGGCUAUGUCGAUCAGGGCGUGGCGGAGGUUGUGCCGGGUGUAGUCUUCAUCGAUGAGGUGCAUAUGCUCGACAUCGAGUGUUUCACAUAUUUGAAUGCAUUGCUCGAAUCGCCUAUGGCCCCGACGGUCAUAUUCGCCACAAAUAGGGGUCACUCGCUCGUCCGUGGAACAACCGACAUCCUUUCUCCUCAUGGCAUUCCAGUCGAUCUGCUCGACCGGUGUCUCAUCGUCAAAACGGACGGGUACACACGCGAGCAAGUCAGCAAGGUCGUGCAAGUACGGGCUACCGUCGAAGGCCUCAAGCUGGGCGACGGCGUGCUCGACCGUCUCGCCGCAGAGGGCGAGAAGAGCUCGCUCCGAUAUGCUCUGCAACUACUCACACCGGCGUCCAUCCUUGCCGGUCUUGCGGGCCGACAGCAGAUCGAGAUGGACGAUAUCAGCGAGAUGGGAGAGCUAUUCCUAGAUGCGAAGACGUCUGCGGGGAUAAUAAGCAACGGUGGCGCACCCGGAAAACCAUCGGAAGCGGACGCGAUGCAGAGUUGAAAAGAAUGCUCAUGAAUGGUGGGGGUGGCUUCCUGCUUGCGCUGUGGCUUGCUUUCGUGGUUCGCUAUGUUGUCGAUGUAUCGUGAUCUUGACUAUUAAAAGUAUUGCUAAUCUUGACUGGCGCGUUGCGGUCUGAGCGGGAUGAAUGAGCGGAUUACGAUGCUAUUAAC